AAAAGUUAUUUUUAUAUCCGUUCCAGCAAAUUCCCCCUCGCCGUCCUCUACGCCACCGAAGGCUAAAGCUAUUGUAAUGGCGAUUAUCUGUUUGUCAUCUUCUUCUCUAUCGCUACGACCUCAUAGAUGCCCCUACGCUGCCCACUACACUUCCUUCUCCUGCUUCAGAAGAGCCUCAGUAGCCUACCCUUCUCGGCCUCUGUCAAACAAGACUGUUUUGAGAAGAACCGUUGGGGCAGUCUCGGAGGAGGAAACCCUAGCUUCCCAAGCUGAGACGUUGACGACGGUGGAGCAGACACCGUCCGCGGAACAAAUAACUAAUGUUCCAGUUUCUCCCUCGGAUUUGCUGACAAUGUUCUUCAAGGCUGAGGGAACUAUGGACGACUCGGCAAUAUCGAAACUCUCCAAGGCUUUAGAGGUGAAGGAUGGUGUUAGUGAUUUGAAGGUGCAAAACCUAGAGGGCAUUGCAAGCGUUGAGUUGGCACAACAAACAACAGUGCAAGCUACAGGCGUUGCUUCAAAUUUGGUUGAGAUAAUACAAAGUGCAGGCUUCAAGUUGCAGACUCUUUAUUUGAGUUUUGAAGAUAAGGAAGACGGCAUUUAAAUAAAUUAUGUACAGAGAACUGCUGAUUUUAGCUUUGUGCUCUCUCUGUUAUUUGAUGAGUUUCUUGUUCUAAUUUGAGUAUUUUGAUGAAGAAACUUAGAUUGUUAGUAUCACUUUUGUUAAAUAGCAUCACUUUUGUUUUA